AUGAGGGUGGCUUUGGUUUGGAGUUUCCCUUUGUAUUUUGUGGCACUGCUAAUUAUACAGAAGCAAGGAUGUGAGGGGUGCUUGGAGAAGGAGAGAAUGGGCCUGCUAGCGAUCAAGGCCCACAUCUUAUCUCUAGGUUCCAACCCUUAUAAUGAAGGGGAAUUGGGUUCUUGGGAUAGAACAAGUGAUUGUUGUGCUUGGAACAGAAUCAAAUGCUCUAACAUCUCAAAUGCCCCCGUAACACACCUUUCCCUUGACAAUCUCAAUGCCAGAGGAAUUCAUCUGAUAAACACUUCACUGUUUCGUCCAUUUGUAGAACUACUCUUUCUCAAUUUGUCUAUCAACGGGUAUCAAGGCUCCAUUGCCAAUGAAGGACUUCCAAGCUUGAUGAAGUUGGAGACUUUAGACCUUUCGCAUAACAGCCUAACGAGCAGUGGGUCGCUUGGUUUGAAUGAACUGACAUCGCUAAAGACUUUGAAGCUUAACCAUAACUCAAUGGAUGCCCUUUUCUCUGCUCUAGAUAUUCAGAAAUUGCAAAGAUUGGAAGUGUUAGACUUGAGUUAUAAUAAUCUAAACGGCUCAAUUGAAGAUUUGACAGGAUUAUGCAAGAUGCAGGAUCUCAUAGAGUUAGGUCUAAGUUCAAAUAAGUUUAAUGGUGAGAUUCCAGAAUGUUUGAGCAGCCUGAGAAACCUUCAAAUACUUGAUCUCUCUCAAAAUUUGUUCACUGGCAAUUUUCCAUCCUUCAUUAGCAAUGUCACAUCCCUUGUGUACUUGUCUCUCUUUGACAAUUACCUACAAGGCUCAUUUUCAUUGAGUACUUUGGCUAACCAUUCUAAACUUCAAGUUCUAUAUAUUUCUUCCCAAAAUCCUAAAGCACGAGUUGAAACUGAAAAGACAAAGUGGCUUCCAACAUUUCAAUUAAAGUCACUCAUCCUUCGAAGCAACUUAAAUAUGGGUGAAGGAAGUGUUGUCCCUACUUUUCUCCAAUAUCAAAAAGAAUUGCAAUUUAUCGACCUCUCCCAUAACAAAUUAGUUGGAGAAUUCCCAUGUUGGUUGAUACAAAAAGACAUGGUUCACCUAGAUAUCUCAAACAACAAUGUUUCUGGUUCCCUCCCACAAGAUAUUGGCACAUUCCUUCCAGGCAUUAGCAUUUUAAAUCUAUCAAAUAACAACUUUGAAGGAAGUAUACCUGCUUCAAUUGGUGAAAUGCAAGAACUUAACUCAUUGGAUUUGUCACAUAAUCGCUUCUCAGGCGAAUUACCAGAACAACUAGCCAUUGGUUGCAUCAGGCUACAAAAAUUGAAGCUUUCCAACAAUCUUUUCCAUGGGAAAAUUCCUAAAUUCCCUAGUAUUACAUUUCUGUAUGAGUUGCUUCUCAAUAAUAACAACCUCAACUGCACUUUGAAAGAGGUAUUGGAAAAUUUGAAUGGUAGAGGAUUAGAGAUAUUUGACAUGUCAGAUAAUUUAAUCUCAGGUGAAAUUCCUAGUUCAAUUGUGAAGUUGUCAUUUGUGGGGAUCAUUCUUAUGGCAAACAAUCGGUUGGAAGGUGAGAUCCCUUUUGAGAUUUCAAACCUAAGAAUGGUAUUUAUGUUGGAUCUUUCACAAAAUAGAUUAUCAGGGUCGAUCUCACAUAUCAAUCCAUCAAUCUUGAGGUUCUUGUAUUUGCAAAAUAAUUCUUUCUCAGGUUCUAUACCAUUCACAUUGUCAGAAGGCUCAAGCCUAGAAAUUCUAGACUUGCGAGAUAACAAUUUCUCUGGAAAUAUUCCCUAUUGGAUGGACAAGUUGUCAGAUUUGAAAGUGCUUUCUAUAGGAGGGAACAAUUUUCAUGGCCAUAUCCCAAUUCAGUUGUGUCAAUUACAAAAAAUCACCCUCAUGGAUCUCUCACGCAACAAGAUCAAGGGUUCAAUACCAUCAUGCUUCAACAAUUUGUCAUUUGGAAUGGAAGAAAACCUUGUUUCUUUCCCAGAUUUUCAAUUUUCAACUGUAACGGUUGAUUCCCCAUUUGGUUCUUUCAUUAAUGCCAGUGUGUCAAUAUUUAUGCCUUCAAAUGAUGACAACGAGGAUGACAUGAAGGCUAUUGUUGAAUUUAGAACAAAGAACAAUUUAUACUCUUACAGUGGCAACAUCCUUGAGCAAAUGAAUGGAAUGGAUUUAUCAUGCAAUAUUCUAACUGGUAUUAUCCCUUUUCAAAUUGGAAGCUUGCAGAAAAUUCGAGUCCUAAACUUAUCCCAUAAUUACUUGUUUGGUUCAAUACCAAAUACUUUUUCUAAUCUUUCUGAGAUUGAGAGCCUUGACUUGUCCUACAACAAUUUGAGUGGCGUAAUUCCUUCUCAAUUAACCAAGUUGAACUUUUUAUCAAUCUUCAAUGUGUCAUACAACAAUCUUUCUGGAAUACCACCCAGUGGGGGGCAAUUUGGAGUCUUUGAUGAGGAGAACUACAAAGGUAAUCCUUUGCUUUGUGGACCACUCCUCAAGCGAAAGUGUGAAGGUUCACCAUCAUCACAAUUCAACAACACAGAAGGACAUGAAACAGCAGUAGACAUGGCAGCAUUCUAUUGGAGUUUCACAGCAUCUUAUAUAAUAAUAUUGUUGGGGUUCAUAAUUGUCCUGCGCAUCAAUGCUUAUUGGCGCAUGGCUUGGUUUUAUUUCAUUGCUAAAAUUAUAAGUAAAUAUUUUCCAGCUUUUUCUUUGUAUUGAAGAAAGUCUAUUUCAAUUUUAUUUGUUUAGUAGUGUACUGUUUAGAAAUGUGAGAACUUUAUAGCAAAUAAGGAUAAAAUUA